AUGUCCUGGCUGUUUGGAAUAAAACCUGCAUCACCACCGAAAUUCGCCGACUUGUGCAAGAACACACCAGAAAACACCAAGAACCCCAACUUUAUUGUGCCCGAGCAUGGCCACAACGCAAACACAUUCGCUUUUGUCGCGUGCUCACUGGAAUUACUCGACAGUUGUGCUUAUCGAUACCACUACACAAAUGUCAUUGUGCAUUUCGACCUGAAAGGAGCACCUCCGAAAACCCAGUAUUUUCUUGAACUUCUGAAGUUAGUAGCGAAAUCUGGAGCUACU